AUAUUUUUGGCGGGAAAUAGGGAAGAAAAAUAAAAUGGCGGAACAUUUUCGUCUUUGUGAACCUUUUUAGAUAAGUUUAUCAGUUAUAAGUUGCUCGGCUUAUAGUUAAGGAUGGAUAAAAAUACUUUUGAGCACGUUCAAGGAAGUGGACUUGAAGAAGAUGCAGAAAGCGAUGAAGAAAUUGAAGUAACAGCUGCCGAAGUUCUUGAAAAAUUGGAAGAGGCUUGGAUAAAUGAAAAAUUUGCACCAGAGCUGUUGGAAAGCAAGUCAGAUCUAGUAGAAUGCAUGRUAGAACAAAUAAAAUCAAUGGAGGAAAAUUUACAAAGUGUUAAAAAAGGAGAUUUAGUUGGUGUUCUUCACAAGUUGGAGAUUGAUAGAAUACGAUAUGUAUUAAGUAGCUUUCUCCGAACAAGGCUUCAAAAGAUAGAAAAAAAUGUUAUUCACAUUUUGGAGCAAGAAGCAGCAAGAGAUGCUGAUGAACCUGCUAGACUCUCAGCUGAGGAAUUCCAGUAUGCAAAAGAGUUCGCAGACAACAUGGAAGGUCUAUUCAAAACCCUAUGUUUACAGCACAUGCCCCCCAACAUGCAAAGUAUAGAUCGUAAAAAAUCUGUUCCCAGACCAGAUCUUGACAGUUAUAUAUUUCUGACUGUUUUAGAAGAGCAAAAUCAAGUAAUGGUUGAUCCAGAGUAAGUAUGAUCC